AUGAAAGCCGUUCAACUUUUAUCGGCCAAGGGAGUCGUGCUGAUCAUGGCCUGGUUUGAUGGGUUUCUCCACACGCCGAUCGGCCACCACGAGGGCUGGGACUUCGUCAGCACGAUUCGCUAUUCCGGAACGCCCGUUGCGCACCACCAUUCAAAGGUCGUCGAUCUGGUCUAUAGGCCCGUGGAUCAGGUUUUAAUGUUGUUGCUUGGCAGCGGAACCGUGAUCACCUUGAAGUGUCUGUUUGAGUCUGCGAAUGCGGAACAACACGGGCUCACAAUUCUAGUAGCCCUUGGAAGAAGGGCCUCGAUCUUAGUGUACGACCCGACCUCCGAGACGAUCGUCGACACCAACCACCACACUUGGGCCAUGGAGUAUUAUGAUGCAGCGUUUUUCACACGUCUCGAUGGCGACAGUACCGUGUUUUACGCCGGAAUAAUCAAAUUUGACCUUGACGGCAUUGGGGCUACAAUGAAGGAGUGGGAAACAACCAAAUUGCCCGGCAAUCACGUGUCGGCUCGAAUGCAGAUAUACUUCCACGGAGGCAACUUUCCCGGUGCUGUCAUUAUACAGGACGUUAAAGAUCCAAAGACGGGACGCUUCUCCGAG